AUGGACGGUAUGGUGGAGUUGUUCCAACAAAACUCUAAUCACUAUCGUAUACGUAAUGUUGGAUUCCCUGCAUCGUUUGCAGUGUUUACAUCAUACAUGUCUGGUACACCACCAUACAACUACUUUGGAGCCUACAUCCGAGAGGAUAACUUGAUGCAUCAAUUGGUCACACACACUGGACAACCAUUCAAGUAUGUCGGUACCAAACUGCCUGCCUACGAUUCACUGUGCAAUGGUGAUUACUUUAAGAAUGGUGUUGUAUUGGAGCGUACGACAGAGACAUCGGCAUUGUAUCAAACAUUGUUUCAAUGUUCAUUGGGCAACUCUCAUCAAUGUGCCAAACAAUACUUGGAUCGUGAGGCUGCUGGACGUGACAGUAGUAUAUUCUUCUCGGGCGAUAUGGUUGAUGAACGUAAUCAUAUGACUGGAAACAAGUAUCAUCCGGCCACCGUUCAACUGUUGAAUGGAUGGAUCAAGGAUAUGGCGGCCGUUAAACAAUGGGUCGAUCAACAUCCGGAAUACUUGUUGAUGAUCUUUAGUGAUCAUGGUGGCAAGACACCCAAUGACACUGGAGCACAUGGAAGGAAUGAUCAGGGCAACGAAGCAUUCACAAUCAUUUACAAUCCACACCUGGUACCAUUGCCCGCGGAUCAACAAAACAAAUUGAUUGAUCAAGUUGAUCUAUGUAGUACAGUGACACAAUACUUUAUGGGCUCGGGUGCAUCUAUACCCGCCGAGAACACUGGUCGUUUGGAUCCAGCCACCACUGAUAUGGAACACAAACGUCAUCUAUUGUCAAUCAAUUUAAUACAGUUGAUUAGGUUGGCCAAACAUUUGGGUAUCUUGGAUGAACAACAGUCCAACUCAAUGAUGGAGUAUGAGGACAGUGAUACUGUCAAGGCAGUGGCCAGUUUGAAUUGA